CUUUAUAAAAUCAUAAUAUCUCUCAAAAGCAAACCUCAGCCACCCACAAGCUGUGUGGAAUCAUCAUAUCAUUUGACAUGAUAAAAGGUAAUUAAUCUGAUGAAGUUGAAGCAAAUAGUAGCUACAAAGUGGUUUUAAUGGUGGUUGUGAAGCUACAAAGUGGCCAAUUCUUGAGAGCUCCAGUUGAGAGGAUUGGGAGCAGAAGGAGGGGAAGAGGACUUAUCCGAUGUGGGAUUGCAGAGGCAUCGGGGGAGCCAGCUCCAUUGGGGCAGAAGACAAAGUACAGUGAUGGGGCGUUUGAGAAGGUUUUUAUGACACUUUUUGCUGGAAAAAUGGAGAAAUUUUCAAAGGAGGAGAAGAAGAAGGGAAAAUGGUGGGAUCUUUAUGAUUAUGAAAGCUUUGUGGAUGCUUCCAAGAGAGUAAUGCAAGGCAGAAACCGAGUGCAGCAGCAGCAAGUUGUGCGUCAGGUUCUCUUGUCUAUGCUUCCUCCCGGUGCACCUGCACAGUUCAGGAAAUUGUUCCCGCCGACGAAGUGGGCUUGUGAAUUCAAUGCGUCAAUAACAGUGCCAUUUUUUCAGUGGUUGGUCGGCCCCUCCGAGGUGGUGGAAGUGGAGGUAGAUGGUAUAAAGCAAAGAAGUGGAGUUCAUAUAAAGAAGUGCCGGUACCUGGAGAACAGUGGGUGUGUUGGUAUGUGUGUGAAUAUGUGCAAGAUACCCACACAAGAUUUCUUCACCAAUGAAUUUGGGCUCCCUCUCACCAUGAAUCCUAAUUUUGAAGACAUGAGUUGCGAGAUGAUAUAUGGCCAAGUUCCACCGCGGUUUGAAGAGGAUCCAGUAUCUAAUCAACCUUGCUACACAAAUUUAUGUUCCCUGGCGAAUCCUAGUGCCUCUUUAUGUCCUAAAUUACAAGCUUGAAUGCAUUAUCUCAUGAAAAUUUAUGAAAAAUACUCAGAUGCUGGUAAUAUCCAUAUUCAUCACCCGUAGAAAACUCUUUUAUUUUUUGAAAUAUAUUAAAAAAAAUCAUGUCAAAAA